UUCGCGGAAAUGAGUCGGACUUCCCAUAACACCACGCAGAGCUCUCAUUGAUCUCCAGCUAUCUCACACUGAUUCCACGCAGUUUUUAUGGUUUCACUUCUCAGUCAGCCGUUUACUUUCGUUGUCAAACACCGGCUGGAUCAGCCUUUCUGCGUGGAUCGGCAAAAUGUUGAUUGUUGAAGUGGUUGUUGUGCGUGAGAGAACGAAUCAUAUCGCUGAGAAGUAAAGCACACACACACACUUCCCGUGUAGUCUUUUGUGUUCGGCCUACGGAUCAGUGCUGUUUCAUUUACUGAAAAUCGCCGCUUUACCGGGAGUGAAAACCUCCCAGGCUGUAGGAUGUGUGUUGACUGCACUAUUAGCUUUGCUCGUCUGCAUCUGGCUCCUGAUGGUCUGCAGUAGCACAAUGACAGACACGUCUACCCGACCCGUACCGAGACACCUUCUAAAGUCCUUCCAAUGAUAUGAUAGUAGCCACCUGGAUUGCAUUCUGUGCCAGCAGGAGCCUCGUGCGGGUUCUGCGACUCACCGUAGAACAGCUGCAGUCAGUGCAGUUUUGGCCCAGCCUCUCGUCCGGCAGAGCCAUGGGGAACAGCUGCGUGUGCAGAGAGGACAGUGACGUGGAGGAGGGAUCAGCCCCUCGCAGGCAGCUCAGGCGAGUGGAAAACUCUGUGUCUGAUCCCCCAGAGGCCAGAGGCAGCCGGCCCAGGGACCCGGUUCGACCACCCCGGCGAGGUCGAGGACCGCACGAGCCACGUCGGAAAAAACAAAACGUGGACAGUUUGGUACUGGACACACUGGCCGUCAUCAGGACUCUUGUUGACAAUGACCAAGAGCCACCGUACUCCAUGAUAACGCUGCAUGAGAUGGCAGAGACGGAUGAUGGCUGGUUGGAAGUGGUGCAGUCUUUAAUUAGGGUAAUUCCUCUAGAUGACCCACUAGGACCGGCCGUAAUAACCCUCUUAUUGGAUGAAUGCCCUUUGCCUACCAAAGAUGCUCUGCAGAAGUUGUCAGACAUGUUAAAUCUGAGUGCUGCUGUGGCACGUCAGGAUGCCCUCAUCCCAGCCAAACACCGCAACACCACAGCAGUCCUGGGCUGUCUGGCUGAGAAACUGGCUGGUCCAGCGAGCAUUGCGCUCCUCAGCCCUGGAACUCUGGAGUACUUACUUGAGAGUUUGAGUUCUGAGGCCCAUCCCACUGUCAUGCUGUUUGCUCUCAUCGCUUUAGAGAAGUUCUCUCAAACCAGUGAAAACAAGUUAACAGUGUCGGAAUCGUGCAUCAGUAAGCGUUUGUCUGUUCUGGAGUGCUGGGCAGAUCAUCCAGACUACCUGAAGCGUCAAGUGGGCUUUUGUGCCCAGUGGAGCCUUGAUAACCUCUUCAUUAAAGAGGGGCGUCAGUUUACCUAUGAGAAGGUCAACUUAAACAACAUCAACGCCAUGCUGAACAGUAAUGAUGUCAGCGAAUAUCUCAAGAUCUCUCCUACUGGACUGGAGGCGCGGUGUGAUGCAUCAUCAUUUGAGAGCGUCCGCUGUACAUUCUGUGUGGAUUCGGGAGUUUGGUACUAUGAAGUAACGGUCAUCACCUCUGGCGUCAUGCAGAUUGGCUGGGCAACCAAGGACAGCAAGUUUCUUAACCAUGAGGGUUAUGGGAUUGGAGAUGAUGAGUACUCAUGUGCGUAUGAUGGCUGCAGGCAGCUGAUCUGGUACAACGCUCGCAGUAAACCUCACUCCCACCCCUGCUGGAAAGAAGGUGAUGCCAUAGGGUUCCUGCUGGACCUCAGUAAGAAGCAGAUGAUUUUCUAUCUAAACGGACACCAGCUGCCUCCUGAGAAGCAGGUGUUCUCCUCCGCCACGUCUGGCUUCUUUGCCGCAGCCAGUUUCAUGUCCUACCAACAGUGUGAGUUCAACUUCGGAGCCAAGCCCUUCCGCCAUCCCCCCUCCAUCAAAUUCAACACAUUUAAUGAGUUUGCCUCACUCGCAUCAGAUGAGAAAAUCAUUUUGCCCAGACACAGGCGCCUGGCUUUGCUCAAGCAAGUUAGCAUCAGAGAUAACUGCUGCACCCUCUGCUGUGACCAGAUGGCAGACACUGAACUGAGACCUUGUUUGCACAGUGGGAUUUGUAUGGAGUGUGCCUUACAGCUGGAAACGUGCCCACUGUGUCGCCAAGACAUCAAGACAAGAGUCAGACUCAUUUCCCAUGUGUCCUGACAUCAGCCCACCAACCCUAGAUGUGGACUAUCCCCUUCAAGCUUUCAUCCUGUCCAGUCCCCUCUGUCUGAGAGAUCAACCUGACCAAUCAAAUCAUGAUGCUGUCUCAGGAUUGAACGCGGCAGCGUGGACCUUUGACGGAUGGAGUAGACCCUCCUUAAACUGGAGGGAAGAAGAGGGAGAGAGAGAAAGAAAACUAUAUUUUUGCACUCCAAGGAGGCCCCAAUCCGAGGGCUAUUGAGGAAACCAGGAGGUUUAAAGGCUUCUGGGAAUUUUUAAUCUGCAUUUCCAGGAACAGAUAAAAUAUGGAACAAAUGCAUCUAUUACAUACUGAUCUGUCUUUGAGUCUCUCCCCUCAAACUCUGGUCUGCUGUGUGUCUCUGUUCAGAGGUGUUAAAUGUAUAUGUGACUUCUCCUAAUUAUUAUUAUUUUUUUGUCCAAGUUAAAGUGUCUUAACCACUUUGUUUCCUUUUAAUGUUCAUGCCUGCCUCAGAAAACCCAUUAUUCUGCUCCCUCAGACUUGAUUGUACUUUAAUCUGUUCUGGGGUUGAUUACCCCACAUUCUGAAUAUGAUUGCAAAACGUCUUGAUGAAUCAAGACACUGUGAUUUUUAAAUAGUACUUUAUAUUGAUGUAUGAUGCAAAGUCCAUUUAGAAAUAAAUGAAGCCAAAUUACAUUAGGUAAAAUGACAGAAUUGAGUGAGAAUUGAUUCAAUCAGACUGCAGGGCAUCCCUUAAAUGAGGUUUGGGGAAAUUUCAUGUGUUUAAUGCCAUGGUUAAUGCACAUAUCAGUGUCCUAAUGCUGCUGUCGCUAAAUGUGAACUGUCUGAAGCAGUUACAGAGACUGAAAUCUCCAACGCUCCCAAAGAUAAGAGAGUAUGAUUGAAUUAAGAAUCUUUCAUUUUCUGAAUUGUGAUGUUUGUAAUAAAUGUCUGUUUUAUGUGUUGCACAGGCUUUGUUACCUGACAUUAUUUACUCCUUUCAUCUGUGAUUUGCAUGAAUUCCAAAAUCCAAAUGCGCCCAAGACCAAAAUGUGAACUAUAGUGAUCAAAAAUGCCUCAUAAUCCAUAGCAUGCUCUCAUAACAAUUUGAGACUAACAUCUUCAUAUAAUCUCAAGAGCGCAAAAAUAAAAAGGUAAUGC